AUGUCUAGAAUGCUACCGCUUCUGAGAGGAGCUUCGCCGAGGAUUCUCCUUAAACCCCCUGCACGAACAGUCCCUCGCGCCCUCAUCUCUACGCGGUCGACUUCGAUUGCCAGUCUCCUCGAUUUGAAGCCUGCUGGCCCUGUGUCAGAGAUCAAGGUCGAUGGCCAUGUCCGAUCAGUGCGUGCUCAGAAGAAGCAACAUUUCGUAUCUCUCGGAGAUGGCUCUUCAAUGGAAUCGCUCCAGGCCGUAGUGCCUGCGGACCAGGCCGAAGGGCUGACCGUCGGGGCAGCUGUACGACUUGGCGGAUCAUGGGUUCCGUCACAAGGCCGAGGGCAGAGUCAUGAGCUGCAGGUGCUACAAACCUCAGUCGUAGGUCCUUCUGAUGCCAAGACCUUUCCGGUACAAAAGAAGUACCAGACACCCGAGUAUCUAAGGACAUUACCCCAUCUCCGGCCAAGAGUACCAUUCAACUCUGCCGUCUUCCGGUUCCGCUCUGAAGUCAUUGCCUCGUUGACCCGAUUCUUCAGUGAGCGCGAUUUCGUCCAGACUCACACGCCCAUCCUCACAUCGUCCGACUGCGAAGGUGCAGGCGAAGUGUUCCAUGUCUCCUCUGGUAAUGACCAGCCAGUUCUGGGAGGCGAGACAAAGCCCUUCUUCCGCCGUCCUGUAUAUGCAACCGUAUCAGCGCAGCUGCAUCUCGAAGCCCUAGCCCAAGCGCUCGGCAAUGUCUGGACGCUCUCGCCAACCUUCCGAGCGGAGCAGAGUGACACACCUCGACAUCUCAGCGAGUUUUACAUGCUGGAAGCUGAACUAAGCUUCAUUCAUAGCCUGGACGCUGUUAUGAAUCUAGUUGAAGAUAUGCUGAAGCAUGUCGCUGGCGAUGUGGCCGAGUCAAGAGCUGCUCGUGAGCUACUUGGGCGGGCAGGCGAGCGCUCGUCCGAUCUAGCUACAACGGAACAGAUCACCCAACGGUGGCAUGGGUUAUCGCAGGGAGCUUGGCCGCGAAUCACCUAUACUGAAGCGAUGAAACUGUUGGAAGCUUCCGGGGACCAGUUCGUCCACAAACCCGUAUGGGGUAAAGACCUUCAUACAGAACAUGAGAGAUACAUCGCUACGACAGUGGGCAACUCUAACAGUCCUGUUUUCGUCACGAAUUAUCCUCGAGACAUCAAAGCUUUUUACAUGAAGGCGAAUGAGGACGACCUGCCUGGGACAACACCCGGUGCAACAGUCGACUGUUUCGAUCUCCUUGUGCCAGACUUUUGCGAGAUUGCUGGCGGCUCAAUGCGCGAGCACAGGCUGGAGAACCUAGUCGAAACCAUGCGGGCGAACGGGAUGAACACGACAUCAUCUUCAGAAACUGCCAUUUCGGAUUCAUCAGAACCAGUGGACAAUAAUCUAGACUGGUAUCUGGACUUGCGGCGCUGGGGUUGCCCUCCGCAUGGCGGCUUCGGUCUCGGGUUCGACCGCCUCAUAUGCUACCUCUCGGGAGUCCAGACAAUUCGCGAUACCACGGCUUUUCCCCGCUGGUACGGCCGAUGCGACUGUUGA